AUGAAAAAUCGCUCAGGAUAUUCAUCAGGUACAUUUAACCGGAAGGAGAAAGUUGAAGUUUUAUCCGAACCUAUAAAAUCUGUUUCUGAUAAAAAGCUUUAUAAAACUAUAAGGCUAGAAAAUGGUUUGACAGCACUCCUGAUUUCCGAUCCUAGUAAACCAUCAGAAAAGGAAGACCACUCAACUAGUGAGGAAGAGAGUAGUGCUACCGAAGAAAGUUCAGGCCCUGAGAGUGAUGGUAAUAAAUCUGGACAGUCCAGUGGUAGUGACCAUCAUGGCACCAAGAGGCGUAAUGAAUUUGAUGAAGAGAAAUUGGCGGCGUGCGCACUCUGCGUCGGCGUGGGUAGCUACAGUGACCCGCCCGAUAUCCAGGGGUUGGCACAUUUCGUCGAGCAUAUGGUCUUCAUGGGCAGUGAGAAGUAUCCCAAGGAGAAUGAGUUCGACGCGUUCAUUAAGAAAAAAGGAGGUUCCGACAACGCAUCAACAGACUGCGAGGUGACCACCUUCUACUUCGAGAUCCAGGAGAAAUAUCUGUCCCAAGCCAUGGACAUGUUCAGUCAGUUCUUCGUCAGUCCGCUCAUGAUGAAGGAGGCAAUGCAGAGGGAACGCGAAGCGAUCGAAUCUGAGUUCGCGAUCGCGUCGCCUUCCGACUCGAACAGAAAGGACCAGCUGCUGUCCAGCCUGUUCCCGGAGGGUCACCCGGCGCGCACCUUCACCUGGGGCAACCUGCGCAGCUUGAGGGACGACCUCCACGAUGACGAGCGAUUGCAUAUGGCAGCGCAUGAGUUCAGGAGGCGACACUAUAGCGCGCACAGGAUGACGGUCGCCGUUCAGGCACGUAUGGAGCUCUCCGAGUUGGAGCAGUACGUUAUAAACACCUUCGGCCAAGUGCCCAACAACGGGCUGGCCCCCGACGACUUCACGGGCUACGCCUUCAAACCCGACUCGGUGACACCCGAGUUCCGCAGCAUUUACUACGUAAAGCCCCUCAGUGACACCACCGAGGUACAUUUGACGUGGUGCAUGCGCUCAUUACUGUCGGAAUACGAAUCCAAGCCACACCAGUACAUCUCUUAUCUGCUAGGACACGAAGGCAAGGGAAGCCUCCUGUCGUAUCUCAGGAAAAAAGUAUGGGCGCUUGGCAUCUACACUGGCAACUCGGAGAGCGGAAUAGACUACACAUCUAUGUAUAGUUUGUUCUCUACGCAAGUAGUUCUUACCAAGGACGGACUAGAACAUAUAGACGAUGUGCUAGAAGCAAUAUUCUCUUACAUCAACAUGCUAAAGAAAAUUGGUCCUUCCGAACGGAUAUACAACGAGAUAAAGACAAUAGAAGAGACGAGUUUCCGCUUCGAGGAGGAGUCACAGCCGGCUGACUACGUGGAAUCGCUUGCAGAGAACAUGCACUUCUUCCCACCGGAACAUUAUAUUACAGGGGACAGGCUCUAUUACAAAUACGAUCCAAAGGGCAUCACGGAAUUGUUGGACUGCAUGCGCGCAGAUACAGUCAACAUAAUGGUCCUCUCAAACAAGUACUCCACGCCAGUGCAUUACGAUGCCAAGGAGAAGUGGUUCGGCACAGAAUAUAAAAGGCAAGAGAUACCGCAGCAGUGGCUACAGCGCUGGCUGAGCGCGCAGCCCUACUCCAACUUCCACCUGCCCGAAGAGAACGUGUACCUCACGAGCGACUUCGGGCUGGUGCCGCCGGCGGAGGCCUACGUCGAGGCGGCGGACGCGCUGGGCCUCGACCUGAGCAGCGGCUCGGUGAAGGACAUCCACAAGAAGGUCGCCGCCGCGCCCAAGCUCAAGAAGGUGCUCAAGCACGGCGAUUUGAUCGCUACGGUCAACAACUUUAGGUUAGAUCAACCCAACCUCCUGCGUAAGAGCCGGCACAUGGAGUUGUGGUAUAAACCGGACUUCAAGUUCCGCUUUCCGACCGCCCUCUUGUACUUUUACUUCAUAACACCGUUAAGUCUAAAGACGCCGAGAGAAUCCUGCCUUUUGGAUCUAUGGACGGACGUCUUACAACAGGGCCUAAAGGAAGAAGUUUACCCGGCCAACAUGGCGGAUCUGACGCACUCGCUUUACGUGUCCGACAAAGGGCUCACGUUAAAAGUCAACGGUUAUAGCCAAAACCUGCACUUGCUGGUGGAGCUGAUAACGCGCGAAAUGCGCACCACAACGGACUCGCUCACUCUGCCGAUGUUCGAGGCGGUGCGGGAAAUAAGAGCGCGCAACUACCACAACGUACUCAUAAAACCCCACAAGCUGUCCAAAGACGUGCGUAUGGACGUUCUGCUAGAGCCUUACAUAUCGCCGCGCGAUAAAGCGUCAAUUAUUCAUAACAUCACUAUCGACGAGUUGAAGGACUUCAGUGGACGUCUGCUCAGCAAAUUGUAUAUGCAGGUCUUGGUGCAGGGUAAUUUGGCGUGGCACGAGGCGGUCACUAUAUCGGAGAACGUUCUAGAAAACAUCAAAUGGGAGGGCCUCGACGAGGAAGAUAUGCCAGAGCUGCGCGUCCACGAGCUGCCCCUGGGCGAGAGGAAGCUGCGAGUGCUGAGCCUGAACCCGGCCUCCACCAACAGCAUCGUCACCAACUACUACCAGAGCGGCCCCACCAGCGCCCGUGACACCGCCGUACUGGAAGUCCUCAUGAUGCUAAUGGAGGAGCCGGUGUUCGACGCCUUACGUACGAAGGAGCAGCUCGGGUACAGCGUGUUUUGUAUGAUGCGGUACACUUUCGGAGUGCUCGGUUUCUCCGUAACGGUGAACACGCAAGUCGACAAGUUCAGCGUGUCCCACGUGGACGCACGCGUAGAGGCGUUCCUUAAGAAGUUCGCGCGCGACAUGAAGCGCCUCAACGAGCGGACGCUUUCGGCGACACGCACCGCCCUCGUGCAGCUGAAGCACACGAUCGACUAUGAACUCAAGGAGGAGGUUGAAAGAAAUUGGCGGGAGAUUGUGAGCAGGGAAUAUCAGUUCCAGAGGCUGUUUUUGGAGGCGGACGCCAUAGAGAAAAUAAAAGUUGGCGAUAUCCGUAGCUGGGUGGAGAACCAUUUCCCUACAGGCAAUAAGUCCCUCUUCAGGAAACUUUCUGUGCAGGUAAUGGGACACUCGGCUAAGGAGAGCAACAGCUCAAUCAUCUCCGACACCCAAGUGAAGAGCUACAAUCUGACCUAUCUAGACGCAAACAACCCCAUUGGUGACUCCAGUGAAAACAACGCGGACUUUAUAAAGAACAUUGAGGAGUUCAAGAAGGACUUGCCGUUCAUCGAUGUGCCUCAGGUCGAAUUGGCCCAGUGC